AAAUCAAACUUCCUGUUAAUCUGCCAUGUGUUGGCAAGAUGGUUGUCUACGCGCGUUAUGUGUUGCCGCGUUUUGCUAAGGGAUGGAUUUUACCUGCAUUACAACGAAACAUAGGACCGUUUACAACAGUUGCUGAGCCACCUAGUCGCCUUUCUGAUAUGCCAACACUCUCUGCCAAACAUUUAGGUAAAAUAGCUGUUGAUGUUUCUAGAUGCGCAUAUAGUGAUAUAAUAAUUUGGCAAAAAUUCAUAGAAUGUUGUUCCGAGAAGUUGUUACUUCUCGACGGCAAGGACACUUUGCGAAUAUGGAAGGGAGUAGUAACAUUUUAUCGCAAUUAUGAAUAUAUCCUAAGGGCACCUGAUGCUGGAUUCAUACAGUCCCUUAUUUCGCAUAGCACUGAUGUAACUAAUGGAUACACAUGUGACGAGCUGAGCCAGUUAUCUGAGCACGUAUGCAACAUGGUAUCGGUUAAUGACGUCUUAUUACCAUUUGCAACACCGCUUUAUUCUAAGAUUGGUGUUAUGUUUCAUAUGCGGCUCGCCGAAUCCACGCCGUACGAUGUUGUAAGGUUACUGGUAUCAUUUUCCCGUAUAGGUGUUAAGGAUGUUGUGUUAUUGGAAUCAUUAGCGGAGUAUAUAUGUAUGAGUGACGGAUUCAGUGAGUAUGAUUUACGCAACAUUUUAACUUCAUAUGCAAUGGUUGGAUACCAGAGCCCAGCAUUGUUCAAGUACGUCACGGAGCGUUUCCUAUCUGCACAGGGAGUUAGCAUCAAUGACGUAGCAAUAUUGUCAUUUGGCUAUACAUCUGUGAAUUAUAUAACACCGGAAGUGCGAACUCUGUUUGAAAAGCACAUAUUUUUAGAUGGGAAGGGACACCCUUCGUUGAUGGAUUUGAAGGAUUGCGCAGUCGAUAUUCCUUUAUUUUGUUUGAAUUUAGAUAGAAUGGGUUUGAAAAUACCCAAUGAGUUAAUUGAAUUAAUUCGAAUCGAUGAUUUAACGGAGAGCUGCUUCUUGAAGUUGGCACAUCUGCUUCCUAUUACUGAAAAAACUCAGCGGAAGGUGUUAUGACAUUAUCGCAUCUUUAAUUUAAAUCACUACCU